CCCGUCUUUCUUCUUCUUCUGCCAUAAACCCUAAACCGCUAGCGCCACUUUCCCCACCCAACUCGCCAUGGAAGCGGACGAGGCUCCUCACCCGCCGCCGCCGUGGAAGCAGAACAAGUCGGCCGUGGCCGUCGACGCCUCGUCGGGCCCGCUCGCCUCCGCCGCCGCGCGCCUGUCAGCCCGCUCCCGCGCGAUCCCUCCGGCCCGCGACUUCCAUUUCUACAACAACUUCCCCUCCUUCAAGUCCCCCGUCGCCGCCGCCGCCGCCAGGGCCGAGUCCUCCCUGGCCGUCCUCGGCGCCUCCAUGCUCCUCCCCAAGCAGCAGCAGCAGCCUUUCCCCACGGAGGACCUCGACGACGCCUACGACUGGCUCGUCGCCCGCAAUGACGACCUGCUCGAGAUGUUUGCCGCCUCCGCGGACGAGUUCAAGGCGCUGCGGGAGAAGGAGGAGGCCCAGGGACGGAAGGUCGCGGCAGAAGAGAUGGCGGGGGACGGGUUCCAGGUUGUCUACGGCAAGAAGAAGAAGAAGAUGGGUAUGGGAGAGGAAGGAGUUGGCAGAAGUGAGGCCUUUGGAUCUUCUGGUUCGGUGAGGAUGGCCACCAUGGAUAGGGCUGCAGCAUCAGGGCCAAAGCCGAAGGUGCCCUUCCACAUCCCCACCAUCCCACGCCCGCAGGACGUGCACCGCAUUGUGGUGGACAACACGAGCAAGCCAUUCGACCAUGCCUUCCUUGAGCGCAGCGAUGAUGGUGCCCGUGCCAUACACCCACUGGAAAAACUCCCCAUGGAGCAACUAUUUGACAGGCGUGUUCCUGAAAGUGAGCCAUUAAAGCCACCUGCUUUAGAUGACACCCCUUUUACAUUUGUUGAAGACCGGAAAACCUUGGAAGUGUUGGUGGCAAAGCUGAAGAGUGCAACUGAGUUUGCUGUUGAUUUGGAACACAACCACUAUAGGUCUUUUCAGGGUCUCACCUGCCUGAUGCAGAUUUCAACUAGAACUGAGGACUUUAUUGUAGACACUCUUAAGCUCCGCAAUUGUCUUGGUGAGAACUUGAGAGAAGUUUUUCAAGAUCCAACUAAGAAGAAGGUAAUGCAUGGGGCAGGUCGUGAUAUAAUAUGGCUUCAAAGGGACUUUGGAAUAUAUGUGUGCAACCUUUUCGACACAGGGCAGGCUUCAAGAAUCUUACAAAUGGACCGCAACAGCCUGGAGCAUCUUCUGCAAUAUUUCUGUGGAGUGACAGCAAACAAAGAAUAUCAGAGUGCAGAUUGGAGGCUGAGGCCACUUCCUGAUGAAAUGACCAAGUAUGCUAGAGAAGAUACACACUAUCUUCUCUACAUAUAUGACUUGAUGCGAUUGCGAUUGGUGAAUGAGUCUUCAGGCGAUGAUCUUCUUUUGGAGGUUUGCAAGCGCAGCAAUGAAAUUUGCUUGCAACUAUAUGAGAAGGAGCUGCUGACUGAUUCAUCAUACCUUUACAUACAUGGGUUGAAAGAAAAUGACUUGAGUGCAAGGCAGCUGGCAGUUCUUGCUGGUCUAUAUCAAUGGAGAGAUGGCGUCGCUCGUGCUGAGGAUGAGAGCACUGGUUAUAUAUUACCCAAUAAGACUCUACUUGAAAUAGCCAAACAGAUGCCUGUGACCACUGGGAGGUUAAAAAGAACAGUGAAGUCAAAAAAUAAAUUUCUUGAGCACUAUCUCGGACAUGUCAUUACUAUCAUAAGGAAUGCCGUCGCAAAUGCCGAUGCUUUUGAAAGUAUAGCUGAGCAACUGAAGAAAGGAAGGCUGGAAGAGUUAAUGGCGGCAGAAGCGAAGGACGGCAGUGAAGACACUGAAAUGAUUCCUGCCGUCGAUGCUGAUAGUAAUGAAAAUAAUCUUCAGCUGAUUGCUGCACCUGAUGUAGCUCCCACAGUGAUUACAAAUGUCCAUACUGCUUCUUUCUGUAUGGGGAAUGUUACGAGCGGAGCUUCUUUAGGUAAUUUGCAACUAGAUAACAUCACACCUGAAACCAAGAGCUUUGGGGCGUUGCCAGGCGCUACUGAGCAAGCAGAUACAGUGAUACCGGGCAAUGGUGGUGGUCAGCAGCAAGUAAUAAAGGCAACAGUUCAAGUAUCGAAGAGACCUACGGCUUUUGGUGCUCUGUUAGGAAAACCCUCUACCGCAAGAAGGCCAAAUCUAUUUCCAGGAUUUUCAAGUGACCAGAGUAAAAGCAAGGUGGAGAAGAUCAAGUCUUCCGUGGUACUGCCUUUCCAUCAUUUCUCAGGUGGUGCAAAUCCUCCAGCAAGUAGCCUUCCAGUAGCAAAAUCGGUGGAACCUGAAGCGGAAAUCAUGUGCGAGGAUCCUGCGUCUCGGAUGGAGGAAGUGAUUCAGCUGGACACUGGAACAGAUGACCCAGAAAACGGCAACGCAGAUGGACAGAGUGAGUGCAAACCUGGAGAUACCGAUGUGUGUAGCUCCCCUCCUGAGCUUUCCUCUGGCAUCGAGCAGCGCUUCAGAUCCCUCAACGAGAGCAGAGACCUUCAACAGAAGCACCAAGCACUGGAAGAACCAGAAUUUAAUGAUCAGCUGAAGGCCUUCGAUUACGCUGAAGCUAGAAAGAAUACUUCAUUUGGAGAGGUUAGAUCUGAGAGAAGAAAGGACAAUGCAGUUGCCAGGGCCAUCAAUGCGGAUUCUGGAGAUAAACGGAAAAGUUCGAAACAAACCCCCGAUGCUGGUGGCGGCGAAGAGGAUGAGGGGAAUUUCCAGAAUCCACGAAGGCGACAGGCUUUCCCACCUUCUGGCAACAGGAGUGAUACGUACCAUUAGUUAGUUGAGAGAUGUACUACCCGACCGAGGCAUUGUAUGUAACCUAAAGAGUACAGGGGGAAGUGGAACAACGCGCAUGAUUUGGCAUUCGUCGGUAAGUCAUUGGAAAUGCUUUCUGUGAGAUACUAUGGAGGCCUGUUUGAUGACUAACACAAUUGAUCGCUUCCAACCUUCUUCUGGUUGUUUGACUAACACAAAAAAAAUCUCAUUGAAAAGGAAACUACUAUGACAUCAGUUCUCAUGGAAA